GUGAUUUGAUGCUUUGCCGCCAUCUGGUGGCCAGCUUUAGUACUUCCGGUCAGAUCAAGAUGGCGACGGGAGUCCUUCAGAAAGUCUGCAGGGGGUUUGGUUCGGCUAAAAAUGGGGCGCACACAGCCGGACAGCACGUGUUUUGGGUCAGUAGAGGCUUCUCAGCGUCCAGUCGCACGUGCAGCGAGGACAGCUGGUUCAAAUCCCUGUUUGUCAGGAAAGUAGAUCCCAGAAAAGACGCACACUCCCAGCUCCUGACCAAAAACGAGGCGAGCAACCUCUACAAAAUUCAGUUCCAUAAUGUCAAACCCGAGUGCCUGGAUGCGUACAACAAACUUUGUGAGGAUGUUUUGCCAACUAUUCAUGCUGAUAAGUACUACCCCUGCGAGCUGGUAGGAACCUGGAAUACCUGGUAUGGAGACCAAGACCAGGCUGUUCAUCUGUGGCGCUACAGAGGAGGAUAUCCAGCCCUGACUGAAGUCAUGAACAAACUCCGGCAGAACAAGGAGUUCACCGCCUACAGGAAGGAGCGUGGAAAGAUGCUGCUGUCCCGCAGGAAUCAGCUGCUGCUGGAGUUCAGCUUCUGGAACGAGCCUGUUCCCAGAGAGGGCCCCAACAUCUAUGAGCUCAGGUCUUACCAGCUCAGGCCUGGAACCAUGAUCGAGUGGGGUAAUUACUGGGCCAGAGGGAUCCGACACCGGCAGCGUAACAAAGAGGCGGUUGGAGGCUUUUUCUCACAGAUCGGGGAUCUCUACAUGGUCCAUCACCUCUGGGCUUACAAAGACCUGCAGUCUCGUGAAGAGACGAGAAACGGCGCCUGGCAGCAGGAGGGCUGGCACGAGGCUGUGUAUUACACAGUGCCUCUCAUCCAGCACAUGGAGUCUCGGAUCAUGAUCCCUCUGAAGGCCUCCCCGCUGCAGUGAGGCGCCCCCUGAGAAUGUUACAACCAACGCAGAGCGUCGCCGUCACGGGUUCGACCUUCUGUCCGUGCUGCUAAACAUACUUUUCCCUUCUUCUUCCACUUAGACGACACUGCUUAACUGGUUAUUCCAGAAGGGGCGCGAGCUCUGUGCAUUCCACGUUUAGAAUACCCAAUUAAAACCUCCUGAUGGUCAUCAUGUGGCGCCACAUUAAAACGCUCGUUUUCAAAUUAAGAGCCAAUUACUUGAAGGGGGCGGGAUCAGAAAAAGGGGGGCAAAGAACAUCGUUUACUGCAGUAGCCAUUUAUUUAUUUUACGCAGAUUUAGAGUAAAUAUGAAAAAAAAAAAGUAUUUUCUUUGCCAACUGUGACAUGGUGAACAAAGUGGGUGUCAUACUUUUAUAUGUGCUCCUCGAUGAGCUAACACUGUUACGUUUCGGUGGUUUUGGUUCUCCUGUAAACCCUGUAAAUGUUCAUGCUUCAUGGUGUUGGUAACUAUCGCUUCCACCUUUCCUCUCGUGAAACAAGCAUGCUUGGUUUAAAAAACAAACAUUUUAAAAAGUCCAGCAUGAAUUCUGACAGAUGGGCAAUCAUGCUUUUUAACUGUAAUAAACUACAUUUAUCUGGAACAAUAUAACAGAAGACAAAAAAUUAAAAAGUCUUUCAACUUUG